CAAUCAGACAGAUAGAGGCGAGAGCUUGUUGCAAAGUGAGAAACGGCUACCAGUUAGCUAUGCUUUCAUGUAUCACCGUCGGCGCUCCUGCGAUUAAGAGUCGCCACUAGAACCACUAGAACCAGCUCCGGUAUUUGGUAUAGUAUUCCUCGGCAGAUGAAAAUGCGGAAUCUCCGAAUGCUGAUUUUCCGAGAAAGUUCAUGAGGCAACUGCUCUGUUCCCUCGGGAUUCUCUGAGUUGCAAUUGAGGACUCCGGUAGGCCAGGCUCACUCGUAAACCUCAACGUCGACCGUCUUGCUUCCGUCAAGCCGCUUAACGGCUCACCGUCAUGCGACUCGUGACGGUCCUAGUGUCAGAGUUUUAGGGCUCAUUAUUACCACAUUCGCAGCUUUGAUUUCCAGCGGCUUGAUGCGGUUUACGUGAUUUCUAUUUACCUUCUCUUUUACUGUACCGAAGGCUCGGAUGCCGUCGACGCUGCGCAAAAUGACGUCACCAUCCAUGGCCAGCGUUUUCCUUACCCUCCUCCUCUUGCACUCCGCUACACCUAUCAGGGCACUAAGCCCAUUAACAGAUGGUCUUCAAUCGGGGAUAGUCGUCUCUUCUCAUCUGGAGCUUCCUGCGACGUCAGAGAACCUUGAAUCAACUCCGAAAUCGACAUCAGUUGGUGGAGGGGAAUUCUUUGGGGCAUCCUUCGUUAAAGCUGGGCCUAACAGUGCCAAACCAACUGGUUCGGAGUCCGCAGCAGCGAACUUCGCUACAAUCUCCGAACCUAAAGACUUGGGAGGUACGGCAUCGGAGUUGUCUGCUCCAAACCGCCGCCUUCUCGCAGGCUUACAUGGUCCGCGAACCUCUGUCCGGGGCAAGAAGCCAGGCUCGGCCAGGACGGCCGAACCUGGCGGUUCGGCAGGCACUGCUACAGCUCUGGCUGCAGCCGAGGCCGGUGCCUCUUCUGCCGAGGCUGCUUCUUCUACCGAACCUGCACCUGAGCAAGGGGAGGAAGGAGAGAAGCGGGAGGGAGAGAACAAGGGUUUAGAUGCUACAGCUGUUUCUGGUGUGGUUGCUCCAGAGGGAGGAAUGGAGGGAGGGGAGGAGGAGGAAGAGGAGGAGGAGGAAAAUGUGGGGAGCGUAGCUGCUGCUGCUGCUGCUGGUGGUGGUGCUGCUGCUGCUGCUGGUGGUGCUGGUGGUGGUGGUGCUGGUGGUGGUGGUGCUGCUGGUGGUGGUGCUGCUGCUGGUGCUGCUGGUGGUGGUGGUGCUGCUGCUGCUGCUGCUGGUGGUGGUGGUGGUGCUGCUGCUGCUGCUGGUGGUGCUGCUGCUGCUGAUGGUGGUGGUGCUGCUGGUGGUGGUGGUGCUGCUGCUGCUGGUGGUGCUGCUGCUGGUGCUGCUGCUGGUGCUGCUGCUGGUGCUGGAAUGGUGGAAGGUGCUAAAUCUGCUGGUGCGGAUGCUGCAGGUAGCCGUGCUGCCACUGCUGCUUCGGCUGGUACUGGUACUGCUGGCGCUGACGCCUCUGGUUCUCGUGCUGAUGUGUCUGCUGUUGGGGAGGAUACGUCGGCUGCUCGUGGUGACUCUGGGAACGUGCGCGCAGCUGCUACCAGUGAGGGUACCUCUCCUGCUGCUGGUGCUGCUGGCGCUGCUGGUGCUGCUAGUUCUGCUGUUGCUGUUGGGACGAAAGCGCUAAACCCUGGGGCAAUUUUUGAGGCGCCUCAAAAAGCGCUAAACCCUGGGGCUAGAGAAGGGGGAGGCAAAGGCGAAGAGGCAGGCGAGCAAGCGAGCGCAGACACAGAGACACAAAAAGGCGAGGAGGCGGGGAGUGAGCGUGAGGUGGUCAAAGGAGAUACCGAGGCGGAAGGGGAAGAAGGAGAGGGGGGCGGAGGGAAGGGAGUGAAGGGGAGGGAACCUAGCAGCGAGACCGAAUCAACCAGUGGUGGUGAAUCAAGCAGCCGGGGGGGAGCUACGGGAAAAGAGGCAGGCAACGCUGUAGCAGCUAAGGCAGAUGAGGGAUCGGUGGGUGGGGGGGAGAAGAGGGUUGUUGGUGCCAAUGAGAAGGAAGGCGAUGGGGGAAGCAGCCAAGAGGAGACGGGGAAGGAGGAGAAGGGAGAGAGUGAUGAAAGGGGUGCUGGUAAGGAUGCGAGGACGGCUAUUGGGGGUGCAGGAAAUGCGAAGGCGACUGGUGGAAAUGUGGAGGAUGUGAGAACGGUUGGAGGAGGUGCAGAAGACGUGAAGGCGGUAGGUGGAGGUGCAGAAAGUGUGAAGGCUACUGGUGGAGGUGCAGAGAAUGUGCCGGCGAUAGGUGGGGAGGCAGGGGGAGAAGAGGAGGAGGAGGAGACAGAGGAGAGGGAUAUGGCGAAGGAAGAGAAGGGAGAGGAGGAGAAGGAAGAGAAGGAGGAGGAGGUGAAGGGUGGGGAAGAGGGGAAGAGGGAAGGGUCGGAGCAGGGGGGAGGUGUGGAGCGAGCAGAGGAGGAACAGGCGGACGUGGGGGCUGCGGGAGGGGACGAAAGGGGAGAGGGAAAAGGGAGUCAGACAGGGGGCGUGGAAAGAGUUGGAGGUCCUUCGGGGGAGCAGAAGGGGGGGGAAGCAGAAAGGAGCAGAUUAGGGUAUGGGAGGGAGACGGAGGGGGAGAGGGGAGGAGGCGUGGAAAGGGUUGGAGGUCCACCGGGGGAGCAGAAGGGAGAGGGCGUAAGUAGCAAGCAGCAGAGGGAUAGGGAGGAGGAAGAGGAGGGGGGAAGGGCGGGAGAGGGGAAGGGUGCGUUGAAGUCAGGGGAGUUAGAGGGAGAGGAAGCAGAGGAAGCAGGAGUGAAGGGAGAGGAAGUGAAAGUUGAAACGGCGGACUUGGGGAUGGGGAAAGUGGAAGAGGCUUUGGCAGCUGCAGAGGAGGCGAUCAUGCCGAAAGCCAAAGGCAGGGAUGCUGCUGCUGGUGAUGGUGCAAAUGUUACAAGUAGGGUGGGGGAGAAGACGGGAGGAGAGGGGGAUUUAGGGGAGGGAAAUGUUACAAGUAGUGUGGGAAAGAACAAGGUAAGAGAGGAGGAAUUGGAAGGAGCGACUGUUACAAGCAGGGUGGGAGUGAAUAAGGGAGGGGAGAAGGAAACGGAGGCGGCGAGGGAGACAGAUAGUGAGGCAGAAACGAACAAGGGAGCACAAGUGGUGGGUGAGGACGAGGAGGAGAGAGCGGAGGAAGAAGCUGCAGCAGAGGAGGUGGACGAACUGGCGUCAGAUGCAGCAAAGCAGCCAGAGAAGGAGGGUGAGGCAAAAGGGGCUUUAAAGUCAGGAGCAGCGAUGCAGAGUGCAGGGGAGGAUGGGGAGGAGAGGGCGGAGGAAGCAGCUGCAGCAGAGGAGGUCGACGAACUAGCGUCAGACGCAGCAAAGCAAACUGAGAAGGAGACAAAAGAGGCAAGGGAUUUUGAAAUGGCGAAGCAGACAGGAGGGGAGGAAGAGGAGGAGGAGGAGAAGGUGGGGAACGGUGGGGAGGGAGACGGAGGAGUGGAAGGAGAGGAAGGAGUUGGAAAGGGGAGAGCAAGCAAGCCAGCAUCAGCAGCCUCUGCUACAGCAGAAGCAGACCUAACGGCGGUUGACCUAACUGCGGCAAAAGCCACGGACGUAAAAGGUACUGAAGCAGGAGUAACGGAAGCAGAAGUUACAGGGGGUGGUGCGAUGAGGGGCGAAGGAAGAGGCGGGCACGGGGGUGUGAGAGGUGGGCAAGUGGAGGGGGAGGAAUUGGCUGGGGCUGGGAAGGGCAAGACUGGUGGUUCAGGAGGGGGAGAAGUGGGGAGUGGCAGGAUGUCAGGGGGAGAGAGAGGAGAGGAGGAGGAGGGGGGUGCUUUGGAAGAGGAGGGGGGGGGGGAGGACUGGAGGGAGGGGGAGGGGGUCUUGGGUGAUGAUUCUGCCGUUGUUGAGCGACAGGGGAAGAAGGGAGGCCGCACAAAGGGGGUGAGCGUGGGAGAGGAGGGAGGAGAGGGGCAACGGGGGGGAGGGGCUGGAGGAAGGGGUGGUGGAAGGGGAGGGGAAGCAGAUGAGGUGGAGGAGGAGGAAGAAGAGGCGGAAAUGGGAGCAGAGGAGGAGAAGGGAGAGGAAGGGCUCUUGCGUAGUAGAGCUUCAAGUGACGCUGGAAAGGGCGAGGCUGGGUCAAUGGAUGCAGAAGCCGAAGCAGCAGAAGGAGCAGAAGCAGGAGCAGAGGAGGAGGGAGAGGAAGGGCUCUUGCAUUCUAAAUCUCCAAGCAAAGCUGGGAAAGUCUCUAGAAACGAGGGCUCUGGAAACGAGGGCUUUGAAAACGAGGGCUCUGGAGAUGUGCCAAGUAAAGCUGGGAGGGGCAAGGCUGAACCUGAUGCAGAAACAGAAGCAGAUGCAGAAGCCGGCUCAGCAGCAGGUGGUGAAACAGAGGCAGAGGCAGCCGCCUUUGGUGAGGAAGCGGAGGAGGGGAGAGGGCCAGAAACGGGUUCUGGUGUUGGACCUCGGAAAGGGGCAGGGGGAGAGGGAGGGAGUGUGGAGGGGAGAGAGGGAGGGGGGGAGGAGGGAGGGGAAUGGGCCAUGCCUGCAGAUGACUUUGCUGCUGACGAAACACCUGAAGGUUCACCUGAGGAUUCUCCUGAGGGUUUGACUGAGGGAGAUGAGUACCCUGCAGAACAGGACAGUGAGGAUUUUCCAGGAGGUAAAGGUGCCGGCACACUGUCAGGUGAAAAAGGAGCGGGGACAGGAGGAUUGCCAGAUACUGCCGGUGGCCGCACUGGCAGCAGCACAGGACAGAAGAGAGGAAGCAGCAGCACAGAUAAGAAUGCAGUUCCAAGUGGUGUUAAUGGUAAUGGCCGUGGUGGUGGUGGCGAAUCCCCUUAUGGCGGAGAGGAGGAUGAGUAUGGGAGGUUUGAAGGCAAGGACGAGUCAGCUACUUCUAACCCCAAAGGAGAAGCAGCAGGAGCAACAGCAGCAGCCGGAUCAGCGGCGAAAGCUAAAGUGGAAACUGCAGCAGCAGCAGCAGAAGAGGAAUAUGAAGAUAGCCUUACUGGUUCAGGGAGGUCCAAGGCAACCCUACCUUCAGACGAAGAAGCCCUCACCUCACAGGCUGAAUCACAGCGAUCCCAUGAGCCCUCUUCUAGUCCUCCCUAUUCUUCUUCUUCUUCUUCUCCUUCUUCCUCCUCCUCUUCGUCAGCCUCUCCCUCUUCCCCCCAAUCUCCCCCGUCCUCCCUCUCUUCCCUCCUCUCCUCGUCUCUCGAGCCGAUUCUCGCACCUCUAUCCGCCCUUCUCAGCACCUUCCUUCCUUACGCAGAGGCCCAAACCGCAGCUUUCUACCUCCUGCUAGGCAUUCUAGCUGCUCUUGCGCUUUCCCUCUGCGUCUGCUGCUUCUGCUGCUUCCGGGCCGGUGAGGCUCGGGACAGGUUCAGCGGGCUGGGAGGUUCGGCGUAUGCGAAGGUUCCAGGAAAGGAGGUGGAUUUGUCUCUGGCGCUUGGGCAGGGGCCGAGUAGGAGUGGAAGGGGGAGUGGGGGAGGGGAAGGGUGGGAGAGUUGGGAUGAGGAUGAGGGUUGGGAUGAGGAGAAGGGUGGUAGUGGUGGUGCUGGUGGUGGUGGGGGGGGAGGAGGAAGAGGAGGAGGAGCAGGAGACAAGCUGGCACAUAUGCUUGGAAAGGCCUUAGACACUGCAGUUAGUACUGGUUCUGGUUCUGCUGCUCCUGCUGGUUCUGCCAGCGCUGCUGCUGGGAAAAAGAGCAUUCUUGGGCCAAUAGGGAGAGGCAAUGGCACAGGUGGGAGCGCUGGAGCUGCCACAAACGGGAGUGCUAAUAACGGGGGUGAUACAGGUGGCUCAAGUGGUGCUGCUGGUGCUGGUGGUGGUGGGGGUGGAGGGACAAGGAAGAAGACCGGAGGAAAGCUAGUCGUGAGCAAAGGGAAGGGACUGGUGAUUCAAUAGCCGUCCACCUGUCAUCAACCCCGCCGCCACCGCCUCCCACACCCUCCGCUUCCCUCCCACUCUCCCCCAGAUCUCCCUCCCCUCCCCCCCUCUCCCCCCCCCUCUUCCCUUCCCGCUGCCCCCACCCCUGUGAGUACUCUCUUAUGGAGUGUGUGUGGUGUGGACCCUCUGUUGUGGAACGUCUUGGCGGUGUUGAGUGGCGUCCCACAAUGCUACGAAUCGGGCCAUGAGUGACUCUGGCGGGUGCCGGUAUGCAUGUGGGCAGUGAAGUGAGCCUCUGGCGGGUGCCGGUACAUGCAUGUGGGCAGUGAGCCUGUUUUUUGUCUUGGAUCCUGUUCUCCCCGCUUUGAUAACUAGAACAAUAGGGCCACACCCUGGAAUAUUCUUAUCUAUGAAAUUUUGCAACCUAUACCAAAACAAACAUGCCUACAGUCU